UUUUUUUCCAACUUUUAUUCACUCCAUUAUAUAUACCACCUUUUGACUUACUUAGACAACAAGCACCAAGCUUCUGCAACUCACACUUCUCCAAUGGAGAUCAACACAUUACAUCUAUACUUUUAUGCAUCUAUAUCCUUUACAUUCAUAUUAUUAAACUCAGCUUCAAAUUUAAAACACUCUUCCAUACCCAAACCAAACCCCUACACUUCAUCAACCGCCAUUAAAACCGAUUCUCAAGCAUUGUUCGAGUUCAAAGACAUGAUAGAAGAUGACCCAAAUGAAGUCUUCUCAACUUGGCAGCCCAACAAGACUCCAUGUAAAUGGUAUGGAGUCACAUGUACCGAUGGUCGAGUCACUCAACUAGACUUAAGUGAGUCAUAUCUCAAGGGUUCGGUCUCUUUCGAUCCUUUUUCAUCUUUAGAUAUGUUAACUAUCUUGAACUUAUCCGAAAAUCAACAUUUGUUUAUCAACUCAACUUCUUUGUUUCAACUUCCAUUAAGUAUAGAACAAAUUAUACUAUCUAAUAGUGGUAUCAAAGGCUUACUUUUCGAUAAAUUUUUUGUCAAAUUCAAGAAUCUUGUAGUCAUAAAUCUUUCCCAAAAUAAUCUAACUGGUUUGUUACCCGAAACCCUUGUGUCGAAUCCUGGUUUGGUUCAAGUUCUUGAUCUAUCUUCUAAUGACAUAUUUGGAACUAUUCCUGUCACAAUUUCAAAUUAUACUAAUCUCAAGAAUUUGAAUCUUUCAUAUAAUUUGAUCAAUGGUGACUUACCAAAAUCUUUGGGAAAUUUACAAAGCAUACAAAUUCUUGGUGUUUCUCAUAAUCAACUCACUGGUUGGAUUCCUAAUGAGUUGGGUGAUCUUUGUGAAUCUUUAUUAGAACUCGGGCUUUCGUCUAACAACAUCAGUGGGACAAUUCCUGGUUCAUUAUCUUCGUGUGCUUGGCUCCAAGUUCUUGAUCUUUCCAACAAUAAUCUCACUGGUUCAUUACCCGAUUCUUUCUUUCAAAACAUGGGUUCUCUAGAGAGAUUAAUUUUAAGUGGUAACCAUAUUUCCGGGUCAUUUCCCCUGUCUCUUUUGGUCUGUGAGAAGUUAAAAGUGUUGGAUUUCAGCUCAAAUAUGUUUUCAGGAACUAUCCCAUCUGGGAUAUGUUCAAGAGCAUCUUCACUUGAAGUGAUUCGAGUUCCAGAUAAUUUGUUUGUAGGCCAAAUCCCGGAAGAUUUAUCACAAUGCUCGAAUCUAAAAACGAUAGAUUUCAGCUUGAACUACCUCAAUGGUUCAAUCCCAGCUGGGCUAGGAAAUUUAGAAAAUCUAGAGCAGUUUAUCGCUUGGUACAAUGGGUUGGAAGGGAAUAUUCCGGUUGAAUUGGGGAAGUUAAAGAAUUUGAAAGAUCUUAUUUUAAAUAAUAAUCACCUCUCUGGCCCUAUUCCAGUGGAACUCCUAAAAUGCAGUAAUCUUGAAUGGCUGUCAUUGACAAGCAACUCACUUUCUGGUGAAAUCCCACCAGAAUUCGGUUUGUUAUCGAGGCUAGCUGUCUUACAGUUAGCAAACAACAGUUUGAGUGGCACAAUUCCAACGGAACUGGGAAAUUGUAGCAGCCUAGUUUGGUUAGAUUUGAAUAGUAAUAAGUUAACCGGUGAAAUCCCACCUCGAAUAGGAAGACAUAUUGGAGCACAACCCUUGAUAGGAAUUCUAUCAGGAAAUACCAUUGUUUUUGUUAGGAAUAUUGGGAAUUCUUGUAAAGGAGUCGGUGGUUUGCUCGAAUUUGCUGGAAUCCAGCCUGAAAGACUACAACAGGUUCCAACUUUGAGGACUUGUGACUUUACAAGAAUGUAUUCAGGCGCCAUUUUGAGCUUGUUUACCCAGUAUCAAACUCUAGAGUAUCUUGAUCUUUCUUAUAACAAUCUUAGUGGGAGAAUUCCGGAUGAAUUUGGUGAAAUGAUUGCGUUACAGGUUCUCGUGUUGUCUCAUAAUCAAUUAUCUGGUGAGAUGCCGGAUACAUUUGGGCAUUUGAAGAACUUGGGUGUGUUUGAUGCAUCACAUAAUAGGCUUCAAGGACAUAUUCCGGAAUCAUUUUCAAAUCUUUCAUUUUUGGUUCAGAUUGAUCUUUCUAAUAAUGAGUUAACUGGCCAGAUUCCGACAAGAGGGCAACUUAGUACGUUACCUGAGAGUCAGUAUGCAAACAAUACAGGACUAUGUGGGGUCCCGUUGCCCGAAUGCAACACGAUGAGUAACCCGGUGGCAGAUUCUGGUGGUGAUGGUCGAAAAAAUGGAGGUAAUAGGCGGUCAUCGACUAAAACUUGGGCUAACAACAUUAUAGUUGGAAUUCUCAUUUUGGUUGCUAUAGUGUGUUUGUUGGUCGUUUGGGUGAUUGCAAUGCGAUUGAAACAAAAGGUAGUUGAAGAACAAAAAUUGCUUGAGAGAUUACAAGCUUCUCGUUCGGCCACAACAUGGAAGAUUGAAAAGGAGAAAGAGCCAUUGAGCAUCAAUGUAGCUACAUUUCAAAGACAACUGCGAAAGCUGAAGUUUUCGCAGUUGAUUGAAGCCACCAAUGGGUUCUCAUCUGAGAGCCUAAUUGGUUGUGGUGGCUUUGGAGAAGUUUUUAGAGCAAAAUUAAAGGAUGGGUCAAGUGUGGCAAUCAAGAAACUCGUUCGCUUGAGUAACCAAGGUGAUCGUGAGUUCAUGGCCGAAAUGGAAACUCUAGGGAAAAUCAACCACAAAAACCUUGUACCAUUGUUAGGGUAUUGUAAGAUUGGCGAAGAAAGACUUUUGGUUUAUGAAUUUAUGGAGUUCGGUAGCCUUGAUGAAAUGCUCCAUAGGCGAUCAAUGAAGGGUGCAUCAAAUUGUAGGAUCUUGAGUUGGGAAGAAAGGAAAAAGAUAGCAAGAGGUGCCGCAAAAGGGUUAUGUUUUUUACAUCAUAAUUGCAUCCCUCACAUCAUCCAUCGCGAUAUGAAGUCAAGCAAUGUGUUACUAAACCAUGAAAUGGAGGCUCAUGUUUCAGAUUUUGGGAUGGCAAGGCUAAUCAAUGCGCUUGACACACAUCUAAGCGUGAGUACUUUGGCGGGAACCCCUGGAUACGUCCCGCCAGAAUACUAUCAAAGUUUUAGGUGCACGGCAAAAGGCGAUGUCUAUUCGUUAGGAGUGGUAUUCUUAGAACUUUUAUCCGGUAAAAGACCAACGGAUAAAGAUGACUUUGGUGACACAAAUUUAGUCGGGUGGACGAAAACGAAGGUCCGGGAAGGGAAAUCAAGAGAAGUUAUCGAUCCCGAACUACUAUCAAACCCCGAUGAACAAGAAAGGGAAGACGUGAAGGAAAUAAUAAGGUUUUUGGAAAUAACGUUGCAAUGUGUUGAUGAUUUCCCUUCAAGAAGGCCAAAUAUGUUACAAGUUGUGGCCUUGCUUAGAGAUCUAAAUGUGCCUAGAAAUCUUGUUACUUAGUUCUCUUGUUAUACGAACCGUAGUAAAAUUUGGUUUGUCAAUAUCGUUUUUUUGUCGACCUUUUGAAUGUAAUACUUCUUUCUUAGACGAUCAUUUUAUAAAGUUGUUCAUUAUACAUA